GAGAAGUUUAAAAAUGAAAUUUCUGAUAAAGAUAUACUGAUAGCUAAACUGAUGAAAGAGAAAUCACAACUAAAGGAAGAGUUGCAGUCAAUGAAAGAUAUUUCAGCUGAUACUAAGAGUAUUCAAUGUGACUACUGGACUAAAGCAGAAUUACCAUUUGAUGGUAUGGUAACAUUGGGUAAGAAGGUGUGUCUCUUUAAUGCUAACAGUAGUCAUGAGUUAGAGUUGGAUGAAUGUGGUCUUAGCCUCUCUCUACCUGAUGGACUCUUCUCUCCAGUGGAUAGCACUGUCUAUGAAGCUGCUGCUCAAGGUCUAUGGGGAGGAGAUUUCGAGUUCCCUGGAGGCACACAUCUGAUCAGUAGUGUGUGUUACAUAUCUGUGUCUCCUACUGUUCCUGAACUGGAUAAACCAGUGACUGUACAGCUAGUACAUUGUGCUCAUUUGAGCUCUGAAUCUCAGAGUGAGUAUCUGAGCUUUGUAGUAGCUGAGGUUCAACCUGGUAAACAGUGCGGCCCUUUUAAGUUUGAGUUGUUACCAGGAGGAUCAUUCUCAGCUGAGUCUCAGACUGGUACUAUAGAAUUGAAGAGUUUCUCACUGGUUGCUAUUGUGAUGGGCGUUGCUCUUGUUGGAGUAGCAGGAUAUGCUAUAAGAGCCUUUACUAGAGCUCCUGCCAUGAAGUGUCUUGCUUUAAUUUAUAAAAAAAGUUUUACUGACAAGGCAAUGAUUAGUCUAGCUGCAAUUCAAAAUUUGGGUCAUUUAAAAAAGUUGAUAAAGGAAGACAGCAUUGGCAUACAGUCAUUACUGGGUACUCAGAUAUCAAGCUUUCAAUUUCAAUUUUCUAAUGACAAGCCACUUGAAGUGAAAGACUUUCCUUUAGAUACAAUUGAUGGUUGGAAGAUAAGUCCAUUCAAUCCUCCACUGAUAAGUAAAAGCAGUGUUGUUGAUUAUAGCAGUUCAAGUGCUGAGCCUCCAUACAUUCAAGUAUCAGUAGAACCUGAUGAAAUUGAUGCUACUAACAAGAUAUCCCAUACUUUAUCUAUUGAUGGUAUAAAGACACCAUCUGUUACAUCUACUGUUCCAUGGAAUAUUAAAGUAUCAAAGAAUGAUUUAUUAUCAACCAGUCCUUUAUCUGUUGUUCCAUCACUUGUUGCUGUCACUUCAAUGGAAAAUGUACGACCAGAAGAUCAACAGAUCCAGCAAACAUCACUUGAUCCUCAACUAGCAGUAAAAGCUUUUAGGAAACAGUUUGGUACACUAUCAAAAUUGUUAUCAGUCUCUUCUAAUAGACUGGCAGUUGCUCCUGAAUUAUUUAGUGAAGGUCUCAUCACAUUCGAUUGUUAUAAGAAUGCUACUGAAGGAAGUAGCAAGACAGAGGAAGAGAAGAGUACAGGUCUAAUGAUAUCACUAAUGUCUACAAUCAGUACACAACCUGAAUUACUAACUGAACUGAUUAAUGUAUUAAACAGAAUAGAACCAUUUAAACUAAUAGCUACUAAGCUAGUUGAAGCUUCUUAUCACUAACUUGCCUUUGAGUUUUAAUUUU